AUGAUGGAUUUCGGUUUGCUGGCUGAAAACUGUGAAACCGCGAGGGAGAGUGCAUUGGUCGGUAAUUAUGAACGAGCAUCUGUCUUUUAUCAUAGAUUGCUUCUGGAUCAGUUUACUCAGAGCCGUUUGCAUUUUCAGUCGAAAUCGAUUUUACAAAGUGAACUGAAUAGUGUGAAUUCGUUGGCAAGUGCAUCAUCUCAGUUACGUCAGUUGGCAAAUGGUGCAAUAGCAACAUCGCCUGUUGACGCUCCACCGACCGAUCCGGAUGUAUGGCCCCCGCCGGCGCCAUUACCUCGAAAGAGUGCACUUACUGCACGCAGCAAAACUGUCGGUCGUAAGCCAGCGUCGUCGCAAAGUGCUGAUAAUAAAGGCAAGAAAUCAACCAUUCGAAAGUCGGUCAGCCAGAGUGGAAUUGACCCGAAUACGUCAACAAAACGAGCCAGUUCUGUUGGUCGAGUCACCAAAGUUGAGGUUCAGGAAGAACCGGUCACUGAUGAAAAAGAAAGUGAAAAGAAAGAGACUAAAGAAGAUGAAAAGAUAUUCGAUGGUAAAGGAUACGAUAAGGAAUUAAUUGAAGCAAUUGAACGUGACAUUAUCCAGCAACAGCCGGAUGUUCGUUGGUGCGAUAUCGCUGGACUUGAGGAUGCCAAGAAGCUGCUCAAAGAAGCUGUCGUAUUACCAUCUGUUAUUCCACAGUUUUUCAAAGGAAUCAGACGUCCAUGGCGAGGUGUUUGCAUGGUGGGACCACCAGGCACAGGCAAGACGCUUUUGGCUAAAGCAGUUGCAACCGAAUGCCGAACGACAUUCUUUUGUGUCUCAUCUUCAACACUCACGUCAAAGUAUCGUGGCGAAUCCGAGAAGCUUGUCCGUAUUCUGUUCGAUUUGGCAAGGUUCCAUGCACCAUCAACGAUAUUUAUCGAUGAAAUUGAUAGCUUGUGUAGUCGUCGUGGUGCGCAGACUGAACAUGAAGCAUCAAGACGUGUCAAAUCAGAGUUGCUCAUCCAAAUGGAUGGAUGCUCAGCAGAUAUGAGCCGAAUGGUACUCGUACUAGCAGCGACAAAUUUCCCUUGGGAUUUAGAUGAGGCGCUGAGAAGGCGCUUGGAGAAACGAAUUUAUAUUGCGUUACCAGAUAAAGACGAUCGACUUCAACUGCUGAAACUUGCACUUGCAGAAGUGGUGAUUGAUGAGGACGUUGAUUUGGAUGAGGUUGCCGAUCGUUUGGAUGGGUAUUCUGGCGCGGAUAUAACAAAUGUUUGCCGUGAAGCAGCAAUGAUGAGUAUGCGUGCUCGAAUUGCUAAUUUAACAGCUGAUGAGAUCAAGGAACUGGCCCAUGAGGAAAUCGAUCUGCCGAUAACGAGAGGUGAUUUUUCAUCGGCAAUUGAACACACAUCACCAUCAGUAUCGCACGAUGAUAUCCAUAGAUAUGAACAAUGGAUGCAUGAUUUCGGUGCUGCAUAG